AUGCAAUCGAUCAACUCGGUCGAGGCCAACGGCCAGCCUCCCAGUGUCCCCAUCUUCCAGCGGCCCGCCGGAAGCGGUGGAGGCAACAAGAAGGGCACCAGCGCAGAGCGCCGGGCCACUCACAACGCCAUCGAGCGAGCACGCCGAGAAUCUCUGAACGGCCGCUUCCUUCAGCUCGCAGCGUCGUUGCCCGCCAUCUCGGACGUGCGACGACCCUCCAAAUCGCUCAUCGUUAACAAGUCGCUUGACUUUGUUGCCGACGCCAUGACGCGCGAGUCGAUCUACCGCCUCAAGAUCGACAACAUGCGCCAAGAAAACAUGCAGCUGCGUCAACAGCUCAAUAAAUUCCUCGCACAGGCCGGUCUUGAGACGCUCCCUCCGCCUCCUGUCGACGAGUUGCCAGUUCCACUUGCUGAGAUGGGCAACAAGAAGCGUCAGGUCGGUAUGAGUACUUCGGGGCAGCUUGUCGAGGUCUAUGAUCUCGAUGACGAUGACGGACCUUCUGCCAAUGGAAGCGAAGGGGAGGGCGGCAAGAACAGCCCUACAUCGUCUUGCUCGGCCGCCUCGAGCAUGCGCGGCUCUCUCUCGAGCUCGGUCCCGUCCGGUGUCACCGGCUUCACCCCAAUUUCGCAAACUCCUGGAGUGUAUGGACAGCCGCCCAGCUUCCUGUCGAUCCCCGCCAAUCCAAUUUCCACCAACAGUGCUUCUCCCGGUGCUUUGUCUGGCUCUGGCGAUAUUGGAGCCACCGAACGCAACGGCAGCUUUGAUGACGCUGGCGGAAACUGGAUUCAGCCAGGCACAUUGGAGGGGCAGGGCGGUGCUGCCAGUCAGCAGCUCACCUAUGCUGGCCUUGCGUUCUCGUCGCCCAGCAACAAUCACGGCCUUGAUAUCAACGGCAACCGACAGCUCGCCUCCGGGGUGCAGAUGGGUCUGGACGGCGUUCCCGCCGUCCUAGGGCAAAGCGGACACGCGCAGAUGUUCUCAAUGAACACAAACAACUUCGCACAUGUUCGCAAUGCACAACAGCUGCAACAGCAGCAACAGCUUCAACUCCAGCUCCAUUUCCAACAGCAACAGCAACAGCAACAGCAGCAACAGCAGCAACAACAGCAACAGUACGCCAAUGCUGUUGCUUUCAACCCGUCGCAUUUUUUUGAUCAAGCGCCGCUGCAGUCCGCUAGCUUCUUGACUGCAGUAUGA